AAGCAGCCCCGGGGCACGAGCAGGUCUGGGACAGAGAUGGUUGCAGUAGCGCCUCCCAUGGAGCUGCCCUUGGAUGUUACGGUUGGAGUGAUAACAGGCUGCUUCCUGGUGAGAGAGUCUGGGCCCUUUCUGACAACCCUGCAUCCAACACCCAAACAGCACGAUAGCCUGCGUGGUCGAAAGGGAGAAGCAAAGAUGCUGAAAGAUGGGAAGGUUUUCAGGGUGGUCCACGAGAACUGCUGGGAUCCGGAAGUCCGUAUCAGAGAAAUGGACCAAACAGGAGUGACCGUGCAGGCCCUUUCCACGGUUCCUGUCAUGUUUAGCUACUGGGCCAAACCUCAGGACACUUUAGACCUGUGCCAGUUUUUAAACGACGACUUAGCUGCUACUGUACGGAGGCACCCCAGGAGGUUCGUGGGUCUGGGGACAUUGCCCAUGCAGGCCCCCGAGCUGGCUGUCAAGGAGAUAGAGCGCUGUGUGAAAGAGCUGGGCUUCCCGGGGGUCCAGAUCGGCUCCCAUGUCAACGAGUGGAACCUGAACGCGCAGGAACUCUUCCCUGUCUACGCGGCGGCUGAAAAGCUGAACUGUUCCCUAUUCGUGCACCCCUGGGACAUGCAGAUGGAUGGACGGAUGGCCAAAUACUGGCUCCCUUGGCUCGUAGGAAUGCCAGCAGAGACCACCACGGCCAUUUGCUCCAUGAUCAUGGGUGGAGUGUUUGAGAAGUUUCCUAAACUGAAAGUAUGUUUUGCACAUGGAGGAGGAGCCUUCCCCUUCACAGUAGGAAGAAUCUCACAUGGAUUCAGCAUGCGCCCGGAUCUGUGUGCCCAGGACAAUCCAAUCAACCCAAAGGAAUACCUUGGUUCCUUUUACACAGACUCCUUGGUUCAUGAUCCUCUGGCCCUCAAGCUGUUAACAGAUGUCAUAGGAAAGGAUAAAGUCAUUUUGGGAACCGAUUACCCCUUUCCACUAGGUGAGCUGGAACCUGGAAAAUUGAUAGAAUCCAUGGAAGAAUUUGACGCAGAAAUGAAGGACAAACUCAAAGCUGGCAAUGCCCUGGCAUUUUUGGGUCUCAAGAGAAAACAAUUUGAGUGACUGAAUUUACUACAAAAGCAAUCUUUCAAGAAGAUAGUUUAUUCUUAUUUUUAAAUAUGUAUCACACAUGCAUACUAAAAUCUUAUUUUGAACUAUUUUAUCCAGAAAUAGAAUAUCCCUGAGCAUCCUAAAUAAUUCAUAACAAAAAUGACUCACAUGUUUUUCACUCUG